UUAGAGCAGGAUUAUAGCCUUACCUCAGUGAGGAAGGCAAAACGCCGAACAUGAACUGCAUUCGACGCUACUGCUCCACUUGAUUUUUCGGGAACGUUGCAUGGAAACCCGGCGGCACUUCGCGAUGACCCAAAAACUCGCUGGCGAUGCAAGCACCUCUCGCUUCGACUCGCCGACCAAAUUCCACCACGGCACAGUCACUGUCGGCAAGUCGGCGGCGGCAGCACCCACGUGUCGGUCACGAUGGCCGGUCUCGAGUUUGUGCGUGACUUCAAGAACCACAAAAUCGUGCCGGACGUAAUUCCCGUCCCGCCGGAAUCGCUCCUCCAGGUGACGUACCCGGGUGACCACCGCGUCAACCUGGGCAACAUUCUGAUGCCGAAACAGGUCAAGGAUAUCCCGGUGGUGCGGUGGAUGCCACCGGCGGAACCUGCUUCGUACUACACGCUGUGCAUGACCGAUCCGGACGCGCCCUGCCGGACGACGCCAAAGUUCCGCGAGUGGCACCACUGGCUGGUGGUGAACAUCCCCGGAAACGGGGACAUUGACCGCGGCGACGUUCUGUCCGAGUACAUUGGAGCUGCACCGGCCAAAAAGACCGGCCUGCACCGGUACGUGUUCCUGCUGUACCAACAGCCCAACGGCCUGCUCGACUGCGACGAGGCGCGACUGUCCAACAGGAGUUCCCAGGGACGAGGGAAAUUUUCGAUUCAAAAGUUCUCCGAAAAGUAUCAGUUGUCUCCAGUUCCGGUGGCCGGCAACUUCUUCCAGGCUCAGUGGAGCGAGUACGUGCCCAAGUUGUACCGUCAGUUGGGGCAGUUCCAGAAUGCGUUCUAGCCGAUUUUGGUGCAGGCAGCGGUGAAGGAAGAAGAAUGUAACAUAUGUAGUCCGCCGCCACGUGGAGUACGUUGCAUGACAACAUGCAAUUUCGUAAAGCAUUUAAAGUUAGGAAGCAUGUCGGACAUACAAAAAAGGAUGGGACAAAUUGUUUAGUUAUGUUUAGUGCCAUGUAUUACUCAUAUGUGAAGUAGUAAUGAAGCAUAGAAAGAGAAAAAUAAAUUAAAAAAAAAGAAAUAAGGUUA